GAUGAAGUACGUCAUUAAGCGUUUUCAAAGAUGGCCGCUCACUCAAAUGAAAAAGGUAAAAGCGUUUCGUUUACGUUUUCAAAGACGAAACCAGCUCCAAAACUUGUUCAAGGAAACAAAAAAUGUGGAUACGAUAUAGAAGAGGCUGAAUCGGAUAAAGAUUUUCUACAUUCUGCCGAAGGGAAGGUUUUAAAGAGUAAAAACCCAAAGGCAGCAGUUAAAGAACUAGUGAUUCCAUGCCGUAGUCGAAAUGAUGUGUUGUUAGCCAGAGUAAAGAAUGAAGCAGGAAAUACAUUGGAUAAACAGGCAGCUGAGGAAAUUAUUAAAGAUUUGACAAAUGCUGAGAAUGUUGAAAAUAAGAUAGAAAAUAAUUUUGCAAUCCCAUUGUUGGCAAGAACACAUUUGGCAACAAAAGGUGAAACAACAAGUGAUGCAGGAAGUUCCACCAUCAUCGAGGACGAGAGCACCUUAGAAGACUAUGAUGCUGUUCCAGUCACAUCGUUUGGAGCAGCAAUGCUCAGAGGAAUGGGUUGGAAGAAGGGUGAGGCAAUUGGGGGGACAAAUAAAGGAUUGACAGUGCCAAUAGAAUUUAUUCCUCGCUCCCAAGGACUAGGCCUUGGUGCUGAACGACGUCAUGAAGAUGGGGAAAAGAAACGUAGAAGAAAACCUGGUGAUACAAAGUCAUCUGAGUAUUCAGGUGCGAUAAUCGAAAAGAAUGGUAGAGUUAGACAUUUCAAAGGUUUGGAUGAAAAAUUACCUGAACAAUCUGAUCAAGGUAAAACAUUUUCCAAAGGUGGUUAUAUUGUUAUAGAGUAUGGAGCACAUAAAAACUUGGGGGCCAAGAUAACUGCCGUGGAUGAGGAUAAUGCCAGACUGAUUGUCCGUCUUGCCAUGAGCGAUGUGGAAGUAACUGUCAGUCAACACAACGUAAAGCUGGUUGACAAAGAUGAAUAUAGACAGUUUAUUAAAGGCAAUGCAGGUAUCUCAAAAGACGAUAAGGAUAAACAUAAAAUACGGAAACGACAACGAGAUGUCGACGAGAGAAAUACUCGUGAAUACAGUUCAAAAAAACACAAGACAAAACACAAGAAGCUGGGUAAAGAAAGCGAUGAUUCAGUAAAAAAACCAUCUCAAGAUAAUCAUGAACACGAAACUACAAUACCAGUAGAUGUGAUGGAUGAACACUGUUGGAUGGCUCCUCUUAUCCGAGUUCGAAUUAUUAGUAAAAGUUUUAAAAAUGGCAGAUAUUAUCAAAAAAAGGUAGUCAUUCAGGACGUGAUCAGUAGAAAUUCAUGUGUAUGCAAGACAGAUGAAGGACGUCUUAUCGAUGAUGUUCCACAAACUGCGUUGGAAACUGUGAUUCCGAAAAUUGAGCCAAGAUAUAUUUUAUUUGUUCAAGGUGUGCACCAAGGAGAGAUUGGAGAAAUUGUUCAAACAGAAUCAUCAAAGCAGCAAGCAGUUGUUCAGAUUUUAAGUGACAGAAACAUUGUAAAAUCACAUUAUGAUGAUAUUUGUGAAUAUACCGCAGAGGUUCAUCAAGAAUCAUGAUUCUCGUACACUGUAUAAAAAACAGAAUUUUAAUUUCCUGUAAAAUAGUAACGUAUAAUUACAAUG